AAGGCUCCAUUCGAAAUUUGUUUGUAUUGGGCGCAAGAUAAUUCAUGGAGAGGAAUGUAAUUAAUAAAUCUUUAUGUAUGGUUUGAAGAUGGAGAUGAAUGUUAUCAAGAAAUCUCGUGUUCAUUCUCCUAAUGGUAUUACAAGCGAGGAAGGCCUCGUGGAGAAACUUCCUGUUGAGAUUAUUGGAGAGAUAUUGUCCCGCGUAGGAGUUGUACGAGAUGUCAUCAGAGCUUCUCUAACUCGUCGCAAGUGGCGAGAAGCUUUUUGCAAGCACCUUCACACACUCUCGUUUGAUGUUUCUGAUGAUGAUGACCCUGUCUACAGUGAACUUCCUACUGCUGACUUGGAAGUGUUGAUCACAAAGACCAUAUUUCAAACAACUGGUCUGCAAAAACUAUCCAUUGUGACUUACAGGCACAAGGUUUCAGCUGUUGCAGCUUUGGGCUGGUUAAUGUUCACUAGAGAAACAUUGUCGGAGUUGUUUUAUAGGGUUAUCACUUCUCCCACUAUUAGUGUUCUUGAUAUAUGCGGGAGGCGGAAACUCAAAACCUUGAGUUUACAAGCAGAAACAAUUAUCGGGGUUGAACAUGGCUUCCAUCGAUUCCCCUGUUUGACAUCACUUUGUCUGAUUCGUUGCCGUACUUCAGAAGAGGAUCUAAAUCGACUCCUUUUGGCACUUCCCAAACUUGACUGUUUGGAGCUACGUGACCCCCAAUUUGGAGUCGUGGAUGAGCAUAAUUUUUCAGAAAGAGUAACAGUGAAAUUGCAUUUACCUACAUUGAAGACUCCUUUUUAUUGAUCUAGUUGUAUUUGAACUUAUUUUGGAGACAUGUGAUGUUGGAUAUUUGCAUAUGAAAGGCUGUGCUUUUGAUUUAUUUAAGGUCAAUGGCAGUAAAAAUGUGAGGCAGCUCAAAAUUUCCAAAUCGGAGUUUCAACUUCUUGAAAUUGAAGAGGGAGACAAUCUAGAGAAUUUAGAAAUCAUUACUAGUCAUGUCUUUAUGUCAAAUUUGUUCCCGAUGAAGCUUCAAGCACCAAAGUUAAAAACGUUUCGAAUUUGGCGUUUUGUUGACAGAAGUCAUCUUUUUUACCCAGGUGAUGAGUCCGAAUUCGUUUUGGAUUUAGAUCGAAUCGCUGUUUGUUCGCCACAACUGAGCCAUCUUUCAAUAUUCUAUGAUGUAGAUGAGCCUGUCAACUAUAACUUUAGAGGAUUGUCUCCCUUGGAGAGUUUGGUCAUCUUGGAUGUUGGAUGGGAUCGUUUCAAAUGGGGUUGUGUCCUUGACUUCACGGAAUGGACAGAGAAGGUGCUGAAGUGCUGUCCAAAUCUUAGGAAGUUGAUUGUCCAUGGGAAGGUUAUAGAAUCGGAAGAUCCCAAGUAUUUGAUGAAUCUUGCAGAGCACACCUCAUCGAUGUCUGAAAUGUUGAGUAAGUAUCCGCAUAUAGAAGUGAAGUUUACAUACGAUGUUGAGACCUGGCAGAACACGCCUCUUCAGUAUGGUUUCGGAGCUGACUGGUGAUUGUCCGAAGCAUCCGCAUUACGACAUAUAUCUCAAAGCUGGGAGAUUGCUGCAGCCAACCAAACCAUCAUGUCCAAUUUGAAUACUAAGCAGGUAUAUUGAAUCUUCUAUUUAAGACUCUUCUUCUAUUUAAUACUCUUGUAGGCUAUAAUCCUUCUUGGCCAUGAAGCUUUUAUGUAACAUUUUGAACAUCUGCUCCUGAAGAACUCAUAU